ACCGCGGCUCCUGGACUCACCACCGCGGCUCCUGAACUUUCCACCGCGGCUCCUGGACUCACCGCGGCUCCUGGACUCACCGCGGCUCCUGGACCCUCCACCGCGGCCCCUGAACUUUCCACCGCGGCUCCUGGAGCUGUGCGGACGGAGGCUCCGGGUGGAGAUGAGCGCGGCGGAGGUGGAGCAGGCGGAGCGCGCGGCCGAGCCCGAGCAGAGCGGCCUGCCCUUCAGCCGACAGAUAAAAACCGAGGACAUCAGUGACUCUCCGCACUGUGAGUCCACACUGAAGACGUGUCCCCUGAGCCACAGCUCCCCGGGGCCCGUCCCAGGGGCCCCUCAGCUCACAGGGGAGCUGCCGUCUCUGCACACGGUUCAGCAGCUCGUCCUGAUGCCUCCCGCUCACCUGGCCCCGCCCACUCACCUGACCACGCCCUCCUCCUUCCUGCUGUCCCAGAGCUCCAGCGCUCACCCAGCUCUUCUCCAGCAGAAUCUUCUGUCUCUCCCUAGUCCCUCCACCUCCAGCCUGCUGCACCAGUCCGGCCUCAGCUCACAGUCUAUGACCCGCUCCAGUCUGGACGCCCACAUGGACAUGAGCCACCUGCAGAUGCCCAAACACCUGACCCUGGCACCGCCCGACGAGCCCAGCGACCUGGAGGAGCUCGAGCAGUUCGCCAAGGCCUUCAAACAGAGACGCAUCAAACUGGGCUUCACUCAGGGCGACGUGGGUCUUGCCAUGGGGAAGUUGUACGGUAACGACUUCAGUCAGACGACCAUCUCUCGUUUUGAGGCCCUCAACCUGAGCUUCAAGAACAUGUGCAAACUGAAGCCUCUGCUGGAGAAGUGGCUCAGCGACGCAGAGACGUCCCCCUCGGACCCCCUGAGCAGCCCGUCCCCCCUGCCCCCCCUGAUGGAAGGAUACGGACGCAAACGCAAGAAACGCACGAGCAUCGAGACCAACAUCAAACUCACCCUCGAGAAACGCUUCCACGAUAACCCGAAGCCGAACUCGGAGGAGAUCAGUCUGAUCUCGGAGCAGUUGUCCAUGGAGAAGGAGGUGGUGAGGGUUUGGUUUUGUAACCGGAGACAGAAGGAGAAGAGGAUCUACAGCCCUGGACCCGCUGUGCCCGCUGUGCCCGUCAAACACACGUACGGCGCCAGGAUGGCUGGAGCCCCGAGGUCCUACAGCCCCCUGGCCUCGAGCGCAGUCUCUUCCAGUUCAUCUCCUCCGAGUCCAGGAGGUGGAGGUUCCCCCAGCAGCUCCCCGUCUGUCCACAGCUCCACCGGGUCGUGGUACCGGACGUGGAACGGCGCCUACCACCACUGAUGCCCGUCGCACCGCAUGGACACGCCCACCCCCUCAACC